CUCUUUAGUUCGAUCGUCGUCACCGAUUGAGUGGAAAAUUUACAAUGAGUUUGAAAAUAUUAUUGAUUGUUGGGCUAUUCAUACCAUCAAUUACGGCUGCUAAAUAUACAAACGAGAGCUUGAAAUUAAUUGACGAUGUGUACGAUCACUGUCGGGAAGUAGUCAAGGUUUUUCCUAUAUCAACUACACACAUCACAAGAAACAUGAUGGAAUCAUUCAAGGUGUACGCAUUCCGUUUGGGACAUAUUGCCAUAUACGAGAACAGCACGCUUCUGUCCAGUUCAGCUGAUAUGUUGUUACAUACUUUGGCUUUGUUAGAUCCAUUGAAAGAUACACCCAGCAAUAUGUUGGUUCAAUUCGAAAAAGUUCUACCGAAAAUGUCAGCCCAAUUAAGACAAAUUGUUUCCAGCCAACAGUGUAGCAUUGGUAGACUUACGGAUUAUAUUAACAAUGAUAUUAAAUGUGUUGAGCGGUGGGUACAGCGACUCUUAAACGAUUUUUUAAGGAACGGCGUUGGUAAUCUUGCUCUCGGUAAAAAAACAGAUUUUGAGCCAGUGAUGAAGUGUCUGCAAAAGCUAACAAAUAAAAUAGCACAGAUCUCUGAAACGGCACUAAACGAUGUCAGUUUAUCUACCGAAAGUGUCAAUGAAUCAGUCCUAAUUUUGGCUAUAAUUUUAACUCACUGUUACGUCUUUGUGCAAGGCACUAAAUCUACUAUUGCUGCCAUUGUUCAUUCGGAGAGUAAACAUAUACCUUCGACACUGAACUCAUGCCUAGACUCUGUGGAUGCUUCGAUUGUACAUCUGACAAAAACAAUUCGAUCAGUUAACGAAAUUUGUACGGUGACGUUACGGACACUGCUGGAAAAUCUUGUUUCAUUCAAUGAUUUUCUCAACGCAACUUUGAAGAGUGUUUUUGGUCUCACUGCGGGUACUAUUUUAACCGUCCACAAAGUUACUGAGGGUCUGUCUUCUGGUGUUUCAAGCAUAAUGCAGGGAUUGACAUUUUCCAAAUGUUAAAGCUCAAUAAUGUUUAAAAGUAAAAUUUGAA